GAGAGCUUCAGUCCAUGAUAGAUUCAGAGAGAGACGGCCCCGACUUUCUUCUUAUCUGCAGGACCCUCUCCCCUCAGUUGUCCUGUUCACCCAGCUUCUCUUACUUAGAGAGGCGGAAAGAGGAGGCCAUCUAAAUGGCCUCCCUUCCCAUCACCAUGAAGAAGAAAUCGUGUGCCUGGCUCUGUGUUCUUCCCUUGAUCCUAGGACUUCUAUCUGCUGGUGUGAGCUCAGCACCAUCUGAGCCUAACAAACCAUGUCCUCUGGAGGGAAUAGAGAUCACAGGUGGCUCUUUUCAAGUUCUCAAGGAUGGCCAGUUUCUGGAAUACACAUGCCCACCUGGCUACUAUCCAUAUCCUAUGAAGAUCCGUAAUUGCAAGCCUUGGGGGUCCUGGAGUAUCCUGCAGACUCGAACUAAGAAGAUAGUUAAAAAAGCUGAGUGCAGGGCAAUCCAAUGCCCAGGCCCUGAGGACUUUGAGAAUGGUGACUUCUGGCCAAGAAAACGCUUCUACAAUAUAAGUGAACAGAUCUCUUUCCAUUGCUACGAUGGGUAUAACCUACGUGGCUCUGUCAAUCGUACCUGCCAGUCCACUGGCCGCUGGGAUGGACAUACAACUAUCUGUGAUAAUGGUGCGGGUUACUGCCAGGACCCUGGCAUCCCCAUUGGAACAAGAAAGGCGGGCAGACAAUACCGACUGGAGGAUAGUGUCACCUACGACUGUGGCCAAGGGCUCACCUUACAAGGCUCCCAGAAGCGCACCUGCAUGGAAGAUGGAUCCUGGAGUGGCACAGAGCCCUCUUGCCGAGACUCCUUCAUGUAUGAUACUCCGGAGGAGGUGUCUGCUGCCUUCAUCUCUUCUCUGACAGAGACCAUUGAAGGGGCUGAUGCAGAAGAUGGAUAUAGCCCAGGAGGGCAGCAGAAUCGGAAGAUUGUCCUGGACCCCGCAGGAUCCAUGAACAUCUACCUAGUGCUAGACGCAUCAGAUAGCAUUGGCAAGAACAACUUCACAGGAGCCAAAAAGUGUCUCAGCAGCCUUAUUGACAAGGUGGCGAGUUAUGGUGUGGAGCCACGGUAUGCAGUAGUGACCUAUGCCACAGAAGCCAAAGCUGUGGUCAAACUGUCAGAUAGAGAAAGCAGUAAUGCAGACUGGGUCAAGCAGGAGCUGGACAAGAUCAAAUACUCAGAUCACCGAUUAAAGGCAGGAACGAACACAAAAAAGGCACUAACAAUGUUGUAUGAGAUGAUGAUCCUACAGGAGUCCAAAAAUGACAUUAAUUGGAAUAAAACACGCCAUGUGAUCGUGCUCAUGACUGACGGAAAUUACAACAUGGGAGGGGACCCUGUGGCUGCUAUUGAGCAGAUCCGAGAGUUUCUGGAUAUUGGAAAGAACCGUAAAAACCCAAGGGAAAAUUAUCUGGAUGUCUAUGUAUUUGGAAUUGGUCCCCUUGUUGACCAGGAGAAGAUCAAUGCUUUGGCUUCAAAGAAGGAUGGAGAAAGGCAUGUGUUCAAAGUUAAGGACAUGGAAGACCUAGAGAAUGUCUUCUUCUUGAUGAUUGAUGAAAGUAAAGCUCUAAGUCUGUGUGGGAUAGCAUGGGGACGACACAAAAGUGGACGCCAUGAAGCACAACCCUGGCAUGUCUCCAUCAAUGUCAUUCGACCCUCUGCAGGAAAGGAGUCCUGUAAAGGGGCUGUGGUAUCAGAAUACUAUGUGCUGACAGCUGCCCACUGCUUCAAUGUGGAUGACCAGGCCCAUAAUGUCAAGGUCGAUGCAGGAGGUGUGCAGAACAGGGAGGUAGAGAGUGUCUAUUUCCACCCUGAUUAUGACAUCAAUAGAAAAAAAGCUGAAGGGAUUGCUGAAUUCUAUGACUAUGACAUUGCCCUCGUCAAGCUCAAGAAGAAGUUUACGUUCACAAAAGAUCUCCGACCCAUCUGUCUUCCAUGCACAGAGCCAACAACUCGGGCUUUGAGGCUCCCAUUAUCAACCACGUGCCAACAACAAGAGAAAGAGUUGCUCCCUGAAAAGAAUGUCAAAGCUCUGUUUGUGUUUGAGGACAAGAACAACUUGAUGCAGAAGGAAGUAUACAUAAAGAAUGGGGAAAUGAAAGCCAGCUGUGAACGAGAUGCUCUCAAAGCCCCAGGCUAUGAGAAAGUAAGGGAUCUCUCUGAUGUAGUAACACCCAGAUUCCUCUGCACGGGGGGAUCAGAUCCUCAAGCUGACCCCAACACCUGUAAAGGGGAUUCUGGUGGUCCACUUAUUAUUCACAAGAAAAGCCGCUUCAUUCAAGUGGGUGUGAUUAGCUGGGGUGUGGUAGAUGUCUGCAAACGACCCAACAGAGCCAUUCCCUCCCACGCCCGUGACUUCCACAUCAACCUCUUUCAAGUAUUGCCUUGGCUUCGGGAAAAACUGAAGGACGAGGAUCUAGCCUUCUUGUGAGAUUUUCUAUGGGGACAGAACAGAGGCAUGGGAAAUACUUAUUGUCUGGGAAAAUUAAAACAAAGAACUGCAA